UUACAUACUGCCUUAGAAUAGUAAGGUGGUAUAACAUGUUCAGCGACAUACCUAAAACAACAGCGUUUGGUGUAUCAAUGAAACUUCUAAGAUGAACUCGGAAUCUGAGUGUGUAAUGGCUAACAUUGGGCCAAAUAUUGGUGAAAGGAGGAAUGUUAUUAUUGCCAUGGAUGGAAGCGAUUACGCAGAGGGAGCAUUCAAGUGGUACAUGGAUCAUGUACAUAGAGCGGAUGAAGACCACGCCAUUCUGCUGAAUGUGACAGAUCACAGACACAGUUUAACUCAUGGCUCUGCCUGGAUGACGGCGGAUCCUAAAUUGGUCGAACAUGCCGUCCAUGAAGAAGAGAAGAAGGCCAGAGAAAUGGAGAAAAAGCUUGAAGGUUAUCUAAUUGAAACAGGAAUAGAGGGACAGGUUGUGAUGGUAAAGGGUGACCCAGGGCCUACUGUUACCAAAGUGGCAGAGGAAUACAAUGCGGCCUACAUUGUAACUGGAACAAGAGGUCAUGGAAAAAUUAGACGGACAAUUUUAGGAAGUGUUAGUGACUAUGUAGUGCAUCAUUCUGCAGUGCCAGUGCUUAUUUACAGACAAUAGAAAUAUUCUACCCGUAUCCCACAACAAAUGAUAAACGAACGCAGUUUGUUUGGCUGAAAGGCAACAGAUCUAGAACUCUCACAAACAAGCAAUUUUGGUAAAAAUAUCAUUUUUCAUUGAUAUUUAAUGUGGAAUUCACGACUGUUAAAAAAAGAUAUGAAUAUAUCUCGAUUAAUAAAUUAAUCUUGUUUUCUUAAGAUAAAGCAUUUGCCAUUAGGCAAAUAUAACAAUGUUUAAGGUAUGUCACUCGUGAAAUUUGUUAAAUCAAGAAUUUUUUGAGAAGUAUAUUUUGGAUAAGUACUCUUAUAGUGUGACUCAAAAUCGUAGAGAAAAUAGGGGGUCAGUGUGCAUCUUAAUUUAAUUUAAUCAAUAUUUUAUUAUGUUAGAUUACAUAAUUGGAUUGGACAUCAGGCACGGCCUAUAUAAGUCCUCUCCAAUAUAAGUCCUCUCCAAGUUGUGCAUCUUACUGAUUUACGGUACAAUUAAGUUGACCUUUUUGCACAUAAACUUUAACUCUUUGGUAAAUUACUUUAACCUUUAUCAUAUUUUAUCAGAUGUAAUGAUGGCAAUAAAUAUAAUUUUAUUUUAUGUAAAAUAGUUUGAAUAGUAUUUAUCACUGAACAAAUCUUGCAAAUUAAUGCGCAUGAAUUAUUGUGUGAUUUUUUUGCACUAAAAAGAAGCAUAUUCCGGGUAUCAAAAAACUAAAUAGGCAAUAAAACCUUUCCUUAAAUCAAGCUUUUUACGAAUUAAGUGCUGAUCAGUUACAAGUAUCAAGUACUUUAAAAUAAUGGAAGAAAAAGUUGGUGUCAGUGAUGUUAAUUUUGAAAUAUUGGUCAAAAUGUCUGAUUUUAAGUAGAAAAAUGGUAUAAAUUUUAUGUAGACUUAUAUGACAUAUCUUCAUUUUUUGGCAAAAUUUGUUUAACGAAGGUGUAAAACUUGUUCUAAAGAUAUAAUUUAAGACCUAUAUAAAGUUCUAAGAUAUUAAAUUUAAUAAAUGUGCAGAUUUGCAGAAUUAUCUGCUAAACAUCCUUCCACUACAAGAAAUAGUUCCUCAUAAAUCUUGCUCCUUUGUGGCUUUUUGAGCAAUUUUUUCGUUGAAUGUUAAAACAUAAACAUUGUUGAAUUUAAAUAUGUUAUAAAAAUUGAAUUUUAAUAAAUAUUUUUGAAGCAAGAGGAUCUGCGUGAACAUUUCUUAAAAGCUGACGAGUGACAUACCUUAAGAAAAAAAAUCGUUUCAAUGAAAUGAAUCCUAUAGGUGUGAUGUACUCGUAUUUGAUACAAAUUUUUCUUUAUGUAUGAAAGCCUUUUUGGUUGUUGAUAGAUUACUAUGAAUUUUGGUGUUUUAGAAAUGAUGCUUGUAUGUCAAUAGUUAAUCUAUGGUGCAUAAUCUAUUAAUGAUGUAGAGUUUUCACAUGUUUUUGACAUUUAAUGUCCUUUUAUAUAUUCCAAUCAAAGUUUUUUACCUAAGAAAUUGUAUCAGUUUUAUAUUUCAAAUAAAUGAAAAACAAAAA